CCCUGGAGAGAAGCUGGCGCCUGCGCGAUGGAGGUUCCGGCGUCGACUCAAGAAGUCCUUCGGAUGAGAGCGUCUGGGUGCCAGACGAGGCCGGGGCCUUGCCUUCCCAAGACACUGCUCUUCAAGAGAAAGACCAGAAGAGAAGGCAAAAAUGAAUGUUGAAGUAGUAAAAGUCAUGCCCCAGGACUUAGUGACAUUCAAGGAUGUGGCAAUAGAUUUUUCCCAGGAAGAAUGGCAAUGGAUGAACCCUGCUCAGAAGCAUUUAUACAGGAGUAUGAUGUUGGAGAACUAUCAGAGCCUGGUAUCACUUGGUCUUUGUAUUUCUAAGCCGUAUGUGAUCUCCUUAUUGGAGCAAGGGAGAGAGCCUUGGGAAAUGACGAGUGAGAUGACAAGAAGCCCAUUCUCAGAUUGGGAAUCUAUAUAUGAGACACAGGAAUUACCUCUGAAGCAGUUCAUGUAUGAUGAUGCAUGCAUGGAGGGAAUUACAAGCUAUGGACUUGAGUGUUCCACUUUUGAAGAAAAUUGGAAAUGGGAAGACCUUUUUGAGAAGCAGAUGGGAAGUCACAAUAUGUUUAGCAAGAAAGAAACAAUCACUCAUAAAGAAACCCUCACUAAGGAAACAGAAUUCAAAUAUACUAAAUUUGGGAAAUGUAUCCAUCUGGAAAACAUAGAAGAGAAUAUUUAUAAUCACACAUCAGAUAAAAAAAGCUUCCCCCAAAAUUCUAUGGUAAUAAAACACAAGAAAGUCUAUGUAGGAAAGAAGCUUUUUAAAUGUAAUGAAUGUGACAAAACCUUCACCCAUAGCUCAUCCCUUACUGUUCAUUUUAGAAUUCAUACUGGUGAAAAACCAUAUGAAUGUGAGGAAUGUGGAAAAGCCUUCAAGCAAAGGCAACACCUUGCUCAACAUCACAGAACACAUACUGGAGAGAAACUCUUUGAAUGUAAAGAAUGUAGGAAAGCCUUCAAACAAAGUGAACACCUUAUUCAACAUCAAAGAAUUCAUACUGGAGAAAAGCCAUAUAAAUGUAAGGAAUGUAGAAAAGCCUUCAGACAGCCUGCACACCUUGCUCAGCAUCAGAGAAUUCAUACUGGAGAGAAACCCUAUGAAUGUAAAGAAUGUGGCAAAGCCUUCAGUGAUGGCUCAUCUUUUGCUCGCCAUCAGAGAUGUCACACUGGGAAAAGACCCUAUGAAUGUAUUGAGUGUGGGAAGGCUUUUAGGUAUAACACAUCUUUUAUUCGUCACUGGAGGAGUUAUCAUACUGGAGAGAAGCCUUUUAAUUGCAUUGAUUGUGGGAAAGCCUUCAGUGUUCACAUAGGACUUAUUCUGCAUAGGAGAAUUCAUACAGGAGAGAAACCUUACAAAUGUGAUGUGUGUGGAAAAACCUUCAGCUCUGGUUCAUCCCGUACUGUACAUCAGAGAAUUCACACAGGAGAGAAACCUUAUGAAUGUGAUAUAUGUGGGAAAGAUUUUAGCCAUCAUGCAUCACUCACUCAGCAUCAAAGAGUACAUUCUGGAGAGAAACCUUAUGAAUGCAAGGAAUGUGGGAAAGCCUUUAGGCAGAAUGUACACCUUGUUAGUCAUUUGAGAAUUCAUACUGGUGAAAAACCCUAUGAAUGUAAAGAAUGUGGAAAAGCUUUUAGAAUCAGUUCACAGCUGGCUACUCAUCAGAGAAUUCAUACUGGAGAGAAGCCUUAUGAAUGUAUUGAAUGUGGAAAUGCUUUCAAACAGAGAUCACACCUUGCCCAACAUCAGAAAACUCAUACAGGAGAGAAACCUUAUGAGUGUAAUGAAUGCGGGAAAGCCUUCAGCCAAACUUCCAAUCUUAUGCAACAUCAAAGAAUUCAUACUGGAGAGAAACCCUAUAAAUGUACUGAAUGUGGAAAGGCUUUUAGUGAUAGCUCAUCCUGUGCUCAACAUCAAAGACUCCACACUGGCCAAAGGCCCUAUCAGUGUUUUGAAUGUGGGAAGGCAUUCAGAAGAAAGUUAUCCUUAAUUUAUCAUCAAAGAGGUCAUACUGGAGAAGAACCUUAAGAUUGUAGUGCAUGUGGCCAAGCCUUUAGUUAUCAUCAGUCCCUUACUGUUAAUCAGAGAUGUCCCACUGGUUGAAAAACAUACAAAUGUAAGAAAUGUAGAAAAACCUUCAGCCAGAGGCUGGCAAGAUGGCCGAAUAGGAACAGCUCUGGUCUGUAGUUCCCAGUGAGAUCAACACAGAAGGUGGGUGAUUUCUGUAUUUCCAACUGAGGUACCCGGCUCAUCUCAUUGGGACUGGUUAGUGGGUGCAGCCCAUGGAGGGUGAGCCGAAGCAGGGUGGGGCGUAACCACCUGGGAAGUGCAAGGAGUUGGGGAUCUCCCUCCCCUAGCCAAGGGAAGCCAUGAGGGACUGUGCCAUGAGGAAUGGUGCACUCUGGCGCAGAUGUGGUGAAAAGAUAUAAGCUUUUCACAUGGUCUUUGCAACCCAUAGGCCGGGAGAUUCCCUUGGAUGCCUCUGCCACCAAGGUCCUGGGUUUAAGCACAAAACUGGGUGGCCAUUUGGGCAGACACCAAGCUAGCUGCAGGAGUGUGUUUUGAUACCUCAGUGGUACCCAGAAUGCCAGUGAAACAGAACCACUUACUCCCUUGUUAAGGGGGCUGAAGCUGGGGAGCCAAGUGAUUGAGCUAAGUGGGCUCAUGCCCACUGAGCCCAGCAAGCUAAGAUCCACUGUCUUGAAAUUCUCACUGCCAGCACAGCAGUCUGAAGUCGACCUGGGAUGCUCAAGCUUGGUGGGGGGAGGGGCAUCUGCCAUUACUGAAGCUUGAGUAGGUGGUUUCCCCCUCACAGCAUAAACAAAGCCGCGGGGAAGUUCCAGCUAGGCAGAGUCCUCCACAGCUCAGCAAAGCCUCUGUAGCCAGACUGCCUCUCUAGAUGCCUCCUCUCUGUGCAGGGCAUCUCUGAAAAAAGUUCAGAUAAAACCCCCAUCUCCCUGGGACAGAGCACGUGGGGGAAAGGGGUGGCUGUGGGCACAGCUUCAACAGACUUAAACGUUCCUGCCUGCCAGCUCUGAAGAGAGCAGCAGUUCUCCCAGCACAGUGCUCGAGCUCUGCUAAGGGACAGACUGCCUCCUCAAGUGGGUCCCUGACUCCCAUGCCUCCUGAUGGGGAGACACCUCCCAGCAGGGGUCCACAGACACUUCAUACCAGAGAGCUCCAGCUGGCAUCUGAUGGGUCCCCCUGUGGGACAAAGCUUCCAGAGGAAGGAACAGGUGGCAAUCUUUGCUGUUCUGCAGCCUCCACUGGUGAUACCCAGGCAAACAGGGUCUUGAGUGAACCUCUAGCAAACUCCAGCAGACCUGCAGUGGAGGGGUCUGACUGUAAGAAGGAAAACUAACAGAAAGGAAUAUCAUCAACAUCAACAAAAGGACAUCCACACAGAAACCCCAUCUGAAGGUUGCCAGCAUCAAAGACCAAAGGUAGAUAAAUUCACGAAGAUGGGGAGAAACCAGUGCAAAAAGGCUGAAAAUUCCAAAAACCAGAAUGCCUCUUCUCCAAAGGAUCACAGUUCCUCACCAGCAAGGGAACAAAACUGGAUAAUGAGUUUGACAAAUUGACAGAAGUAGGCUUCAGAAGGUGGGUAACAACAAACUCCUGUGAGCUAAAGGAGCAUGUUCUAACCCAAUGCAAGGAAGCUAAGAACCUUGAAAAAAGGUUAGAGGAAUUGCUAACUAGAAUAACCAGUUUAGAGAGGAACAUAUGACCUGAUGGAACUGAAAAACACAUCAUGAGAACUUCGUGAAGCAUACACAAGAAAAACCUUCAGCCAGAUUGAAUGCUUUACAUGGAGAAAUUCAUACUGCAAAGAGGUAUUAACAAUGUAAAGAAUGUGCAAAUGUCUUCAGACAAAAUGCACACCUUGCUCAUCAGUGAGUUCAUUUCAGGCAUCCAGCUCUCCCUCACCCACUGCAUCACCAAGUCCUGUGGAUAUAUCUGCUAAAUACUUUUGGAAUUUAUCCACUUCUUUUCGUUCCCCAGUUCAAAACAGUCAUUUCACCUUGACUUUCAGUCAUUACACAGGUGUCCAAACUUUUGUCUUCCCUGGGCCACACUGGAAGAAGAAAAAUUGUCUUGUGCCACACAUACAAUACAGUAACAUUAACAAGAGCUGAUGAGCUAAGAAAAAAAAAGUCCAUGCAUAAUUUUAGUGAUACACCACCUCAAAUAAGCAUAAAAGUCCUCACAUUCAAUGGGUUGGAUACCUGUGAAUUCUAAAACUUCAUCCUCUUUUGUCCCUUUCGAGUUAACAUUACAGCCACAGUGACCUUUGAAAAAUGCAAAUUAAAUUACUCUCUUAAAACUCUAGUUAAAAUACUUGAUGUACAUAGGGUGCUUAGCAAAAUGAUCAACUCAUACUAAGUGCUUGGUAAAUGUUAGAUAAGUGUUCUUCAGAGUUGAUGUAAGUUAUUUUUAAACAGUGUAUUCUUGAAAGCAGUUUGGCAAUCGUAAAAAUUUUGGAACCAAAACAGUAUCUUUUUUUAAACUAAAAAAAAGUUUUAAAUGGGGUCUUGCUAUGUUGCCCAGGGUGGUCUCAAACUCCUAUGCUCAAGUGAUCCUCCCACCUCAUUCUCAAGUGGCUGGAAUUACAGGCAACCAACCUAACUUAAAACAGUACCUUAAGGUAGAUGGUGAUUAGCACAGGUAGUAUGCUUAACAUUUAAUAUUAUAAUAAAACAUCACAGUGGCUCUCUCAUGAUUAAGGCUGUGUUCCCUUGUUGGUGAGGAAAUUAAUUAUGACUUGAUGCACAGAACAUGUUUUAAGAAGUGGCUAUAUAGCUCUGGAUAAAACAAAAGAAUUAGAAUUCCUGGGGAGAAUAUAUAAAAGACUGUAUUUAGUCAAGCAAAAACAAAAAAAACUAAUGUUUAACUGAAGAAAGAGAAAUUGAAUAAUACAGUUCUAUUUCAACAUGUGGGUUCACAGAUUUAGUCUAACCUUUCAAUGAUCCACUAGUAAA